UUGAAUCGUCCAGUUUUGACUAUACAAGGAGGGAAAAAAGAGGACGUUUAUGUAGUUUCAAAGUAAACGUUUAAUUUGGACCCAAGACCUGCUUGCAAAUCAGCUUCGACAACAUUACCUAGAAAGAUCAAUAUCCUCAUAACCAUCCUCUGGGGCUUUGUAGACACGUAUGUUUUUCUUCUUUAAUGUCAACAUCUAACUUGUUCUGACUACCAUGAAAAUUCUUUUGGCGGUAUGUUUCUCCACGUAAUUAGCUUGUUGCAGCUUGAAACUGUCACACAAUGGUCAAGAAAUUCUCAAGAAAGAUGUUUGAUUACCAGGUGUUCAUCCUUAGCGGUGCCAAAUCCCGAUUCUUCUCUAUCAUCACGCUCGCUGUGUUGAUCUUUAUCAUCUACACAGUCUGUAUCGUCUCUGAGAUAUCCCACAAGUCUGUUGCGUUUUAUACUGAUCAUAAGCAAAUUGAAGGGGAGCUAGGGACUCAUGAAGGAGCUGAUCAAGGAGCAAUAUUAAAAUCAAGUACUAUCAAUCCCAUAAAAUUACGUUCCAUUCAAGAAGAGGGUGAUGAUCAUCGAGUUGACGAUGAUAAGGAUCAUUUUCCUGUUCCUCCCUUCAAUGUCUCAGAACAGGAAAGGAUUGAGUGGUUGCGGAAAAACAUACCAAAGUUUGAGAUUUUCAAGUCAAACAACUUCACUCGAAGGUUUCAUGGUCGGGUCCUGGAGUUCUUCAACCGUGACACCUGCGAGGCUCAGUUCUUCAUGACAUGGAUUGCACCAGCAAAGUGGUUUGGAGAAAGAGAGUUCUUGGCUAUGGAGAGCCUUUUCAAGGUCCACCCACGUGGGUGUUUGAUGAUCCUGUCAAGAAGCAUGGACUCAGCACGAGGGCACAUGAUUCUGAAACCACUUCUCGACCGGGGAUUGAAAGUGAAAGCUGUGACACCGGACCUGGCAUUUCUGUUCAAGGGGACCCCAGCUAAAACUUGGUUUGAUGGGAUUAUGAGUGGGAAAAAAGACCCUGGUGAGAUCUCACUAGCUCAGAAUCUAUCUAAUUUGUUGAGACUUGCAGUUUUGUUCAAGUAUGGAGGUGUCUACUUGGACACCGAUUUCAUUGUUAUAAAACCUUUUACUGGGUUGAAGAACUCAAUUGGAGCACAGAGCAUUGACGUGGAGUCUGGGAAAUGGACAAGGUUGAAUAAUGCGAUUUUGGUGUUUGAUAUCAAUCAUCCAUUACUGCUCAAAUUCAUGGAGGAAUUUGCAUACACUUUUGAUGGGAAUAAAUGGGGUCACAAUGGUCCCUAUUUGGUUUCCAGGGUGGUUGAGAGAGUAAGAAAGAGACCUGGUUAUAAUUUCAGCGUCUUGCCCCCUAUGGCCUUCUAUCCUACAGAUUGGAUUAGGAUAAGAAGGUUUUUUCAAAAGCCAAAAAACCAGAAUGAUUUGAGAUGGGUAAAAGCCAAGCUGCUUCAGCUAACUAGGGAGACUUAUGGAGUACACCUAUGGAACAAGCAAACAAGCAGAUUAACAAUCGAACAGGGAAGUGUCCUUGGAAGAUUAAUCUCAGAUCACUGUGUCAUUUGUAACAAGGAAAAUAGUUCUGUUUAGUUUUUACUCUUCCUCAAUAAUUGUGAGAUGGGAAAUCAAUAGGAGCGAGCAUCUUCUUUGCUGGCAUGUAUUUUUUAUUUUGUUUUGUUCAUUCUUUGUGAUGUCCUUUUGACGUUUUUGUUAAUGAUUAUUUGAUAGUAAAUAUCAUAUAGGAAAAACC